AUGUCUCUUGAAACUGAUCCUGAGCGCGUAUUUGAAAUACUAGAACGAAUGGGAGAAGGCUCCUACGGAUCCGUGUGGAAAGCGAGACAUAUUAAGUCAAAUCGAAUUGUCGCGAUAAAGAUCAUACCUGCUGAUUCGGAGCUGAACGACUUGAUGAAGGAAAUAACGAUUCUAAAGGAAUGCAAUAGCGAUUAUAUUAUCCGUUAUUAUGGAAGCUACUACAAAGAUGGAGAUUUGUGGAUUGUCAUGGAAUUUGGAGAUUGUGGUUCUCUUGCAGAUUCGAUUAACAAGGAGGCCGGGUUUUUCACUGAGCAAGAAAUUCAGUACAUCCUGGCCUCCGUGCUGUUAGGAAUUUCGUAUCUUCAUGCAAACAAGAAGAUCCAUCGAGACAUCAAAGCGGGUAAUAUUCUCUUCACCAAAGAAGGAAAAGCCAAGCUCGCCGACUUUGGCGUGUCUGCCAAGCUCGACACGACCCUCUCCAAGCGCAACACCGUAAUCGGCACUCCCUUCUGGAUGGCUCCUGAAAUCAUCCAGGAAAUUUCCUACAACGGAAAAGCCGACAUUUGGUCCCUCGGCAUUACCGCCAUCGAGCUCGCCGAAGGCGUUCCUCCCUACUCCAACAUCCACCCCAUGCGCGCGAUCUUCAUGAUCCCGAACCGUCCGUCUCCGCGCCUUCGUACCGCGGGAAAAUGGUCCCAAGUCUACGCGGACUUCGUCGCCUGCUGCCUCGAGAAAGACCCCGAGAAGCGUCCCUCGGCCCAAGAAUUGCUGCAAGUGGGUUCUCUGCGUGCUUUUACCUCGCAGCACCGCUUCGUCAAGGACGCGGCGAUCGAACUGCAGGCCUCCAAGAAGGCGCCCGAAGCCAUGCGCCGAUUGGUCGACCGGCUUUUGGCGCGCCGCGCCGACCUCGCGAAGAAGAAGCGCAAAUCCAACCAGGGAACAAAUAAGGUACUUUUUUGGGAGUGCCAAAAAUCAGACCGAUUUCGGGGAUACCGUCGUGUCGCUGAAAGAGGAGCCGGCGGAGUCCGCGGCGGAAUCCAACACCAUGAUCGUGAAGUGCGUUUUUUUGUGUGUCGUCACGCCAGAUCGGAGCCCAGCGGGUAUGUCGCGCCGUCCAAUGAGGGCACUGUGCGGGAAGUCCAUUACCCUCCCGCGCGAAACCCCUAUCGAAUGAAUCCGUCCACUCCCAUCCAGCCGAUCCGUCCGGUCGCACCAAUUUCCGCACCGAUUUCCGCACCAAUUUCCGCACCAAUUUCCGCACCAAUUUCCGCACCAGUUUGGAUGGACUCGGAAGUGAACGUGCAGAGAGGAACGCCGAGGCUGUCGGGAGGGAAUGCGUCGACGCGGCUGGGCGUUUCGCGGCGUAGGGGAGGGGAAUGGCGUGGAGGGUAG